CGCGCAGCAAUUCGAAUGGUUGAUUUCUCGCUUAUUGAUUUUGUACGGUGCUUAGAUACCGGUACCACGAUAUUGACUAUAGAGAUUAGAAAGCUAGCUAGCGGUGCUGCGCUGGGUACUAGGUUCUUCAGGCGAAUGAAUGAAGUGAUGGUUUGAUAACGUUGAGCUAACGGUCACGGUACUUACGCAACACUGAGAGAAGAGGAUCUCGUCGUAUAUACAGACAGCAGGAACGCAGUUUGAGCUUAGCUCUGCUCAAUUGCACUGUGAAUUGAUUCUCAUUUGUUUACAGGACUCUGGAACCGAUUAAACAUGGCUUCAUUUUGUGCAUCAAAGUUCUUGCCAGGCCUUAUCCUCAUGCUUGGCCUUGGAAUAGCAGUCGCUCUUGCCAGCAAUACUCCAACCCUCUCGCUGUUGAAAGAUAACCUGAAAGUCAUGAACAUGCCAUUGAGUGACUGGACUCACAUCCUAGCAACCAACUUCACUAAUUUUGUAGCAUCUCAGACGCUUCUAACGCUCUUCAUAUUCGGUGUUGCCGUCUAUGUUUUCCGUUAUCUCUACCAGCUAUUCCUAACCCCUUUAAACCUGAAUAGGGAGUUGGGUGAUGUCGGGUAUAUCCUUGAUGGAAAGAAGAAAAGAGAUGUGGUGAAUGAGAUCAGGAGAAGAAGGAAAGAAGGACAACUCCCACCCAUCUACCCCAAUGGAUGGAUUCCGUUAAUUGCUUCCUUAGACUUGGUUAAAGGAGAUGUCAAGUAUAUAACUGCUGUAGGAAAUGAUUUUGCAGUUUAUAGAGGAGAGGAUGGAGAAGCCUAUGCUAUCGAUGCCUACUGUCCUCAUCUUGGGGCUAACAUGGCUAUUGGAGGGAUGGUCAAGGGCAACUGCUUGUCCUGCCCCUUCCAUGGAUGGGCGUUCGAGGGAAAGGAGGGAAAAUGCGUUGACAUUCCGUACCAGGAAGAAGGGAAAUCUGUACCUAACCAGGCUAAGGUGAAGUCAUGGCAGGUAAUAGAACAGAACGGGUUCGUCUUGGUGUGGCACGACGCUGAGGGAAGGGAGCCCUCGUGGUACCCAGAAAACAUCUCAGAUUCAGAAUGGGGCAAGAUGUACCACCAUGGAACCACAAAGCAUUCCAUAGCCGCUCAUGUGGAGGAAAUAUCUGAGAAUGGGGCUGAUUGUCAACAUUUGUCAUUUAUCCAUGGAGCUUUUAUGGGCAGUGGGAACGACCUCAGAUACAUGGGAAGCAAGUUGUGGAGCUGGGCUUCCCAUUCCUGGGGAGGUACAUGGGAACAAGACCCGGACCAUAAGCACAUUGGUGUGAUGACGGUCUACCACGCUUUUAGCUUGUUUGGGAUGCCCAUAAAGGUCACCAAAACCGAGAGCAGAGCCAGACAGAAUGGACCAGCCCAUGUACUCCUCCAUUUCUUUCUGCCUAUUGGCAGGGCUACUAUCGUGAUAGGGGUGACACCGAUUGAGCCUCUUACUCAACUUGUAACUCAGCAUGUAUUUGCCUCAAGAUUCAUACCACGUUGGUUGGCAAAGUCCUUCCUUUAUGCAGAAUAUGUCCAGUUUGAACGCGACAUAAUGGUGUGGAACUACAAGACCUACCAAAGGAAGCCCAUCCUUGUUUCUGAAGAUCGACUCAUCGCCAAACACCGAAGAUGGUACUCACAGUUCUUCUCAGAGAACAGUCCCCGGUUUGAAGAUAAGAAGCCUUCCCUUGAUUGGUGAUCCGUGCCUGUAAUAUCUUUGUGCAUUAGAAAGCUUUGGUCCUGUUCACAAGCGAGUCUGGGAAACAGGUUUGAUGGACAUUCCAGUCGAAAGAAAGAAUAUCAUUGUGCUUCACAUGUCUUUUGUAAAAUAUAACACAUAAUGGCUUCACGUAAGACCUUCAUUGCAUGCAGCUACCAUUAUUAUUACUCUUUUUUUUCCUAAAUGAUGUAAUUUUGUGGCAUUUUUAGUCAUUCCAGCCAUCCUUGUCAUGUAAAAUGUAUGGUUCACUGAUUUUCUCCCUAAUGAUAAUAUAUGUAAAACUAAGUUCCAAGUAUGUUACCUUGAGGGACUCCCAAGGAAGACUGGCAGUUAUGGCCAGGCUACAGGCAAAGCAAGUUCUGACUUGAUGAUGUAUGUUUACCUAUGCACUAGUCCUUUACCAGCAUACCCUACAUUCUAGCCUCCCUGGGACUUGGAAUUAUCACAUGUUUAUCAAGGAAAAGGAAAGUUAGAUAAGUUCAUUCCAAUGUAAUAAUAUGAAUGUACAUUCCUGAAUAUAUUGAUGAAAUUGAAAUAUUUUUUAAGGGAAGUACGAGAGUUACAUGUAUUUAGAACCGUAGCGAUGAAAGUAAUCAUGUUAUAGUAGAUGACAUUGAAAUGAAUGCAAGCCUGCAUCACACAUAAGUGCAAUAUGUUUGCAUAUGGAUGUUUCUUUUACCAACCCAAAAUGUAUUCAAUAUUGGGAUGAUUCAAUAUUCAAACUAUUUUGGAAGUAUUAUUUUUUCUUUGCUAGUGCCAUUAAUGCAUCUUUGACCUGACCUUAUAGUUUCCAUUUUUCAGAGUGUGCGUUAUUGGAACUACUUUUGCAUUGGCAUUCAAGUCGAAGCAUUGCAGGCCACGACACACAGAUGCAAUGUGCUGCUUAUCUGUUGCUAUUUUUGUCUUGAUAGCCUAUCACAGAAAUUAUGUUAAGGAUAUGAAUUUUUGAGCAGAAAAACUGUUGAGACUAUGAUUUGUGACUUUUAAUGAAAGUUGGCCUUUGUCCUUUUGGACCAAGUGGAAUUCAGAAGUGUGCAUUGUGCAAAGCCUAGAUUUUCGAUUACACAAAGUAGUAAAAUGUGUUUAGUGGCAAUUGGGCUAAAUAAAGAUCAAUUGAUUGGAGACAAAAUGUAAAGAGACCAUAUGGAAUGAAACUAAACAAGCAUUAGACCAACCGGGUUACAUUAGACCAAGUGGCAAUUUAAUUUUUUUUGCAUGUAACUCUAGAGUCAAACUGUGCAUUACCAAAGAUUUUUAGAUUUAGAACAGGUAAGUGAAUGGUUCUUGUUAAAUUGUGUGAAAAAAUAAUCAUUGAAGUGCCUUUAUAUAUGAAAAUUAUUUAUUCUAAUCUUUAGACAAAUAUAUUAUAAUUUGAAAUCUAAUCAAUAUAUUCACAAUUUAGUGCAAGGGAUUGAAAAAUUAGAAUAGCUUUAGAAAUCAGCAAAUUUAAUGCCUAUCAAACAAAGUAUUUAUACAUCUGCAUUUCUUGUUGCGAAACAAGUAUGCUUAAAAUGUCAGGUUUUGUCUCAUUAUAUCUUUUUUUCUUGCAGUUUCUGCAUUACAUGUGAUUUCAAUUGUUGGUGUGCUCAAUUUCAGUUAAUAUUUGAUGGCUAUGCAAUUUAGCUUGAAUAAAUGGGUCAAUCAUGGCUACGUGCAGAACGCAGAGUAGAUUGCGUCUUUCCAACCUAUGAAAGCUAAACACUGAUCAUUUGUCUCAAGUCUAAUCAAUGAUUUGUGAACUUCUAAAAUUUGUAUUACUAUCUUAUCAUUGGAGUAAUCAAUAAUAACUUCUUUGAUUAGAGA